UCCAACACAAGUUGUCCAGAGACUGGGCGGUAAUAUUGGCCCUACACUGCCCCCCAAUAAAACGCUCGGUGCUGACCCUUGUGUAAACCGCGCCAGGACAUCUCGUGUCUAGUUAACUGUAUUGCACUUGGUCCAUGCACAUAGCUCUAAGUGAGCCGCCAGUUUAUUUUCAUCUCCUGUUACAGGCUCAGAACGAAUACAAGAAACGUCGGUGUUGAUAGUGUUUCUUCUACAGGAAAUCUUGGACGUGAUUGUCUCUUGGCCUUUGGAUUGAUUCUUGCUUUAGAUAACACUAAUGCAUACAAGUCGACAACAAUAAUGCUUGAUGGUAACUCAACAUUCUGGAACUGUACAAGCCCAGCAGGUGCAACAGCCAAUUAUCAGCUGUAUAAUGGCACACUGUGCUGGACUCAGAACAUAACGCUGUCUGAUAUCUGGGACACGAACUUAACACAGGUCGAAUGCUGCGCUGGCUCAAGUUAUUUACAGAGUGAUAAUAGUUUAUUGAAGUUGGCAAUGAACGGGGCCAUCACUCACAUACUUCUGAGUCUUGUCUCCACUGUUGUGGUCACUGUCACAUUUAUCUUGCUGAAAAAAUUCAGAACUGGUCAAACUAGCCGGUUGGUCAUACACAAAAACCUCUUGCUCGCAUUUUUUAUGUAUGCGGUGAUAGUAGCAGUGACUCUACUGGUACCAGUAAUAAUAGUUGUUAUACUGAGGACAAGAGACUCCCAGAAAUGGGUGGCCUGUAUAACAUACAGCUCCAUGAACUUCUCCCUCCUCUCAAUGUUUAACUGGAUGCUGUUGGAAGGCAUUUAUCUGCACAUGGUUGUCAUGAAGCCAUUACGAGAUGAAAACAUCCCAAAAUAUUUCAUCUAUUUGGCUGGUUGGGGUCCCCCUACAGCCUGUAUCAUGUGCUGGUGUAUAGUUCAGACACUGGAAACAGAUGACUGUUAUAGAUGGAAUGAUGAAACACUUUGGAGGAUUAUCUUAGUCAAAGGUCCAGUCAUUCUUAUUAUGUUGGUUAAUCUUCUAAUACUUCUGAACCUCAUCAGAAUCGUAAUUUUAAAGCUUUGCCGUGACAGUAUAUCGGAAUGUCAGCGUUUAUGGCAGACCAUCAAAGCGACUGUGGUACUUACAUUUCUCCUGGGUGUUAUUAACAUUGUUCAAAUGAUUCCGGGCAAUGAUAAAGGGUUAACCUUGCUUAGCAUUGUCCUGUCUAUGACUACAUAUAUUCAGGUUUUAUUUGUCAGCAUCUACAUUCUCUUCAGUUCGGGGGUGAUCAAAGCCAUCAGAAGGCGAUGGGUUCAAUACAAAGACUGCAGAUCAAUAAAUAACUCCAGGGCACGAGUUCCAUUAGCCCAGGUGAUCCCCCAAAAGUCAAGAACUUUAAAAUCAAAUGUUUAAACAGACUACACUGUCACUACACCAUCAUUCCCUCAGUGAAACCAAGCAAUGUUCACUAAACACCUUGGAAUUUCAAUGACUAGAUAGGUACCAAGAGAUGGUAGGAAUGCAGACAAUAUGUUUCAAUGACUAGAUAGGUACCAAGAGAUGGGAGGAAUGCAGACAAUAUGUUUCAAUGACUAGAUAGGUACCAAGAGAUAGGAAGAAUGCAGACAAUAUGUUUCAAUGACUAGAUAGGUACCAAGAGAUGGGAGGAAUGCAGACAACAUGUUUAAAUGACUAGAUAGGUACCAAGAGAUGGUAGGAAUGCAGACAAUAUGUUUCAAUGACUAGAUAGGUACCAAGAGAUGGUAGGAAUGCAGACAAUAUGUUUCAAUGACUAGAUAGGUACCAAGAGAUGGGAGGAAUGCAUACAAUAUGUUUCAAUGACUAGAUAGGUACCAAGAGAUGGUAGGAAUGCAGACAAUAUGUUUCAAUGACUAGAUAGGU